GUCGCAAUGCAGAUCAAGCCGACAUUUGCCUGCGUUCGCCAACUGUACUUGCGGUCGAUAACUGGAAAGAGCGUAAAGAACUUUAUGAUUAUUGAAUAUGAAGAAUACAUCGAAAAAAAAUCAACACUAUAUGAACAAUUUAAGAAAUUAUAUAUUCAAGCAUAUGAGAAGGAUGUUUUUUAUAAGAAAUGUAAAUAUUACAACCCGAAAAAUGCGAUACCUAAAUUAAAAUGUGAAAAAAAAAUUUCAGAACGAGAAAAGUCAAAAGCAGCUUCACAUGAUCAUUGUUUAUUAGAUCCUACACAAUUUUCUGGACAAAAAUCUGAUUCUACAAAAACAUUUGGCUAUGUGUUCCUGGGAGUAGUUGUACCUUCUAUGACAUCUGGAUUAUUAUAUAAAUUUACACCCUUAGGAAGUCGGUUACGUAACGGUUUUGAAUGGAUUAAAUAUAAGGUAAGUAACGUAAAUGAAGAAGAAAACAUAUUAUUCUCUCAAAAGCAUGAAUCAUUUAAUCCUAAUAACGACGAUCGAGAACAUUACAUAGGAUAUCAUACUGCGUAA